AUGGCAGCAGUGAGUCCAAAAUCAGAGAGUCUACCUUCUGUUCAAGGGAUAGUUAUUCACGGAACUGUAGCAGCGGGUCCGCAUAGCAUGAAUAGUAGAAUUUACCUGACUGAAGAGCAGUUAACUGUGAAUGUUCUCAGUAAAAUAUUUUGCUUGGAUGCAUCAACCAUAAAAUUGAGAGAACGUAAUGGAGAUAUCGAUGCCGUCUAUCCUAUAUCUGGUGGGGGUUUUCCAAUGGAGAGACUGGUAUCCAAGCCUGAUGUGGAGUGGGUGUGCGAUGGAGAGCCUGACAAAAAGCUAAACAAGAAAAUGGGAUCCAUUCUAUCUAAACCACUAGAACCAAAACCUAAGCUAGAAAUUACAAAAACGACACGACUAAGAGCCUUACCGGAAACUCUGUUUCAUCCUAAUUCAGAUGCAUUCAAGACCCUGAAACUGACAGAUAAUGAAAUUAUUACAAUACAGCCUGAAAUACAAGAUAUUACAAGCCUCGAAGUGAUCGAUCUGAGCCACAACAGGAUAACACAUGUUCCUUAUCAGUUACUGGAACUUCCUCGUCUCAGUCGCUUAAUUCUAGUAGGAAAUAAUCUGAAGAAGAUAUAUGAUGUGGAUCAAGCAACUAAACUGCAAUAUCUUGAUCUAAGUGAAAAUGCAUUUGAAAGAAUGUCAGACGUUUCAGGAUUGUAUAAACUGCGAAAUCUCAGGAAUCUCCACAUGAAAGCGAAUAGAUUGACAGAACUGCCAGACAAUAUGCGUAUGUUACACGCUUUGCAGUAUCUUGACUGCAGCCUGAAUGCUAUCUCAACCAUAGGCACUCUACCCCCAGCAUUACAAACUCUGAAACUAGAUGAUCAACAGGAUACUAUACUUACCUUUCCAAGAAACGUUGGCCUAUCAGGUAAACGAUUGAAACAUUUAGAUCUGGGCGGCAAUAAGAUGGAUUCCAAUAUCACUGAAGAAACUGAUAUUGGAGUGCUGAACAUAGUAUCGCAAAUGACAAAUCUUACAUAUCUUAAUGUUGAAAGCAACAAUAUCAGAACUGUACCAACUACUUUCCACAACCUGACCAAUUUAAAGACCUUUAUUUUAAGAAAUAACAAUGUAAGUGAAUUUCCGGUGGCUAAAUCUUCCUUACAUCUUGAACAUCUUAAUAUUGACAACAACCAGAUUCAUACUAUAGACACCAUACCUUUAAGGAAAAUAAAACAAAUCUCGGUUCGUUCAAACUUAAUUCAAUCACUCCCUGUAAAUAUGACGGCCCACUUGCUUGAGGAAUUAUACUUAGACGAUAAUAUGAUAACAGAUAUUCUGAAUAUUAAUUUUUGUUUGAUGCCUAUGUUGAGGGUAAUUUCCUUAAAAAGCAAUCAAUUGAAAAAUAUUCCUGAAACAUUGUGUCAAAUUUCAAAUUUAGAAUCAUUAAACCUUGAAGAUAAUAGAAUAAAUUCCCUUCCAGAAAAGUUUUCAUUGCAAAACCUGAAGAAAAUCAACCUUUCGAAAAAUAAAUUUGAAAAGUUUCCCACCCAGUUGAAGAAUGCAACUCAUCUUGAAAUCGUAAACCUUUCCUACAAUACAAUUGGUGACACGGAAACUAGUGACAUGUUCAGUAGCUUACAUCACCUGAAAAGCUUAAACAUGGAAAAUACUCAGUCAAAGUAUAUUCCGGAUGGAUGUAUAGAUUCUCCGACUUUGGAAGAGCUUUUACUUGGUGGAAAUAAUAUUGAGCAGAUUCCAGAGGAGAUCCAGAAUAUGAAAAAUUUACGAGUUCUGAGUGUAGAGAAUAAUAAUCUUGUGGUUGUUCCAAUGCAUAUUUUUCAACAUAUGUCUCUUGAGGCUUUCCUUGCAAAUGGCAAUCGAAUACAUACAAUAUCUAAAAACAUACCUACACUCGAUGAUACAACAGAAAGAAAUUUAUCUCAUUUAAAUGUCGGCAAUAACUUUCUCAAGUCAGUGCCGAAAUCAGUGGAAAAAGUUACAAGUUUGAAGAAGCUAGAUGUGUCCUACAAUCUGCUGUACUUUCUCCCAUCUGCAUUAGUUGAACUUGUAAACACAAAUGAGUGUGAAAAUGCUCCAACGGAAGUUAUAAUUAUGGGUAACUUAGCACGGAAUAUUCCAUCUUCUAUAGAUAAACGUGUUGCCCUGGCAAAAUUUACUACAUUGACAGAUUUUGCAGAUGCACAGGACCUCAGUGACCUGAAGAGAGGGUGCAUGUACUUCAUUGGUUCAAGACAUUCUGGAAAAACCUUAUUAAUGAAUAAAUUGAUGUUAUCUAGUGGGAGUAAUCCAUAUGACAUACAAACAGCUGAAUCACGAAAUAGUGGUGCAUUUCUCAGUAGCAAUAUUUGGCCAGCAAAUGACAAAAUUGACAUCAAUGUGACUGAUUGUAGUGGGCCAGUUGAACUACAAGUUGUACAUCAUCUAUUCUAUGUACCAAAUGCUCUGUACGUAAUCACGGUUAACCUGGAGGAAUAUAAGCCAUCUACAUCCUCUGCUUUCCAACAACACAUUGAAUACUGGAUAAAAGAUGUAUAUUCUGUUAUUGGCGGUGACUUUAUGGUGCAAGUAGUGGGAACUCAUUGUGAUAAAGUUGAAGAUGACCACAUUAAGAAAUGCUGUGGGACAAUUAAAGACAGCCUGAAAAGGUUUUUCGACACAUUCAAGGUACGGAAUAAAACCAGUGACCAUUUUCUAUCUUCUCCCUGUGAUGUUUUAACAGUUGGAAGUUCACGAGAUCCUAUAUUAACUACACAGUGGAUUCAGGGACUGCAAACACAUAUUUGUGAAAUGUUAAAAAAUAAUAAGAACAAAUUAUUACCAAUUGAUGUUCCCGGGCUCUAUAAUGAUGGGAUGCCUUGUAUGCUGAAUAUGCUAAAGUUAGAACAAAUUUUGGUAGAGAAGCAACAAGAAGAAGAAGGUUUGCAAAAGAUCAGACUCACUACUUUUGAAUUUGAAGAGCUUUGUGAAGAUGUUGGAAUGAAACAGAGUGGCGUGGAUGAUGCAAGGGAAUAUUUGAAGCGAAUUGGUGUUAUCCAGUGUUUUACAGAGGAGUCGUCACUUUGUGGAUAUAUAUUCCAUAACAUAGACUAUCUGAAAACUAUCCUGCAUACGAUUGCUGGAAAGAACAGAGAUGAGCUUUUGAGUCGAAGAAUGUUUCCACCCGGAUUUAAAGAAACAAUUCAAGUAAUAUUGAACAUUUUUAAUGAGAAAGCAGUUCUGUCUUCAGAGGUCCUCUCUUUGUGUAUAUUCAAACACUUAGAAGUUGAUGACAGCAUUAUCAAUCUGAUCCUUGAUAUUUUAAUAGGUUUGUCCAUAGCAUAUGAAGUGCCAGCUUCUGAGAAUGAAGAUUCGUUUCUCCAUAGACACUGCGAAGAAGACGACCCGCCAAGAGUAGUUCUUUUACCCGCCUUCCUUCAGAAUAACAUUCUCGAGCACCGAAUACAACCUGUCUUUGCAGCCAAAAUUGAAUUCCCAUGGUACUUUCCUAAGAAUCUCAUCAAUGUAUACAUGUGUGAUGUGCACACUCAUGUGAACAAGGGUUCAAGAGACAUGUUCCUCGCUACAAUUGGUGGAGUUCCCACUGCUGUGCAGAUUACCAAAGCCGGAAAUGCAAAUAUAAGGUCCUGUUGA